AUGCAGCCUCGACGCCUUCAAUCACCCAACGACAUAGGGGGGUUGCUUAUUGGUGCUGUUGUGAACAUGAGACCUGAUUUAUUUAAGGCUACUGUAGCUGGAGUACCAUUUGUAGAUGUUGUGACUACAAUGCUUGGUCCAACUAUUCCUCUUACAAUUGCAGAAUGGGAGGAAUGGGGUGAUCCUCGGAAAGAAGAGUUCUACUUUUACAUGAAAUCAUAUUCACCAGUUGAUAAUGUGAAUGCUCUGUUAUCUUAUUUAGAGAUCGAUAAUCAUGAGGGGUUGGUUAGGGAGCACAUGCCUGGUAGAUACGUAGAGCUGGAACAGUAUUGGGGGGAGUCGCAAGUCAUGGGGCAUGGGCCCCGUGCAGAUGGUUGGGCUGAUGAAUUUUCCCAAGAACACGGUGGGGACCCGAAUGCUUGGGCUUUAUCCUUUGAGCAACAACAUGGAGCAAACGCAGAUGAUGUCUGUGGUCCGAAUGGCAGGUCUUCAACCUUCACAAACAAUGAUUGGACACUUACUAGAAAUGGAGAGUCAACUGGUAGGGAAAUUGUUAAUUUUUCAAAGUAAAACAAAGGGUUGAUUGAACGAGAGAAAAGAAAACACCAACACUCAACGGAUAAUAAGAAUAAAAAAGAUAAAGAUAUGAGGAAAAAAAGUCUUUGUUUGGCAGCUUGGAAAAACUUUGUAGCACCUGAUCGUCCAUGCCACUCUUGUUACAGGACAUGAGUAUCGGCACAUCAUGGAACAUUUAGGGUAGUUGUUGCUUUUCCUCUUGGUGAUCCAUCAAUGAAGUGGCCAACAUCAUGUAAUAACAUUUUAGGGGAAGAUGUAGGUAUAUGUUUUUUUAAUGAAUAAUGUAAUCAUAUGUAUGAAUAUGAAAUACAGUUUGUUAUUUGUAUGAUAAUAAAUUUUAUGCAAUGGAUUUU